AGGUCUCGGCGGCCUACGGUUUAGUCCAUAUUGGUACGUUCAACCGGUCAGUUCGAAGUGGUGGAUAGUCGUCCUCGUACUCGUCGCCGUCGUGGUUGUGUAGCACCCCUUCUAGAGUGAAGUUUCUUUUUCUGUACAAAGAGUUACAUAGAGGAGAGGAAAGAGUUGAUUUUUAUUUCUCUUCUGAAGUUCUGUAGUUAGGUACCAACCAACCAGUAGGUGCGGGUGAAAUCUAGAACGGGACCGUUUUGUACUUAAGUGUGAGUUGUGCUGUUGCAGUGCCCUCGCGUCCCCACCACCUCCGUUAUCCGUGUGGUUAGUAGCGUGCCGAUCGUUGGGCUUUGUAGUGCGCGAAAUUGCAACAAAGCAUUUUGCCUUGAAGUUCGAGGGCUUAUUUGGAGUAGCGAGUAAGCCCUGAAUAGCGAAUAACCUCGUGAUCGUUGCUUCAUUGUGCAGUAGUUGAGCUGUCCUCAUAGAGAGGUUCAUACAGCAGCAGCAACCGGGUGUGUGUGUUUGCGGCUUUGGAUUAGUGCACUUUUUGCGGUGGAUUUUGUAUGUAGGUAGGUAGAGGCAUUGGAAACUGGCUCGCUCGUGCAGCAUCGCUUGUGUUUAGUGUUGGAACGAGUGUGUUACGCUGCUGGGACGCGCUGACUAGAAGGAGCAUCGCCGGGUAUCGGUGUACGGUGCAGAGUGAUCUAUAGGAUUGAAAAUACUAGUUUGUGGUCGAGUGUUGCCUUUUUUGGAGGGAGCAGCAACAGCAGUAAUAACAACAAAACAACAGUGCCUCGGUUUUGUGAAUUAAUGCAUGAGUCAAGAUCAGCAAGAAGAGAAUAAAGUGAUACGAAAAAGUUAUAGCGAAGGUAAAGCGAAAAGUUACGCUUGGUUUUCAACGGGAGAAUACACAGUGUAAACAAAGUGAUGAAUCUUUUGGUUGGCGAAUUUUAGGAAAAAAAAGAAUGAAAAUUGUUUGUGAGGUGUAAAGAAGACAAAGUUCUCGGCUCUAGAACAAAAGACACCAAACUUGGAAGUUGAGCAUUUGUUGGUCAAUUAACUAGAUUCUUUUACGGUGUUGCAGCUAUCCUCAUUCAACAUCCAACCGAAAGUGCACACAUUCAAAGUGGAGACAGAGAGCGAGAGUGAGCGGUUGAACAUCAGAACCGGUGAGGAGCUUUGAAGUGGCUGGUGGAGGGAAGCUAUGUAAAAAGCAGCAUCAUGUCGGAUUGCUUCGAGGGCAAGUCGGUUGACUGAAAAGAUUAUUCUUGCCCGGCGGCUGCUUACUUCUGACAACUGGCAAGGGAUACUCCGCGAAACACCGGACGGAUACAAAAAACGGCGCGUCACUCAAACGAAUGGAACACAAAAGCAUCAGCGGUGGAAAGAUACCGCCUACUUCAAACAGCGAGCUUGUUUAAUUCGUUGGUGCCUGGAUCCGCAAAAGGAGCAACCGAGAGGAAGGGAAUAUUUUGAAGUGCUCUUUAGUAGGAUCACUGGGGAAAGGCAGCUAGAAGGCUGCUGAGGAGUGUAGCGAAUAAUUCAUCAGAAAUGCCAACGACCACGGUGAAAAAGGAAACAACUGAACAGCACAGUGACGGGGAUAAUGAUGAGGAAGAACCCAAGGACAUGAAAAACGCGCAUCUUAUUAUCAACGAGCUGAGAUCCCGGUGCCGGAAUCAGUCGGAGCAGAUCAUGGCAUGGAAGAAGGCUUACGCUUUACAGCAAGAGCAAAACCACCGACUGCAGAAGGAGAAAGCCGAACAGCUCAACUAUCUGACCAGCCAACUGCUGCUGCUAGAAUCGCGGAUCAUGCGUAAGCAGAAGCAGGUCUCCGGUGUGCUGUACCAGCGUGAACUGACCAUCUACCGGCAGCAGAAGAUCAUCGAGACGCUCUCCAGUCGAUUGAUCGAUCACGGGAUCAUCGAUGUGGUCAUGGAUCCGACCAUUAGUCUGAGUACCAGCAACAACAACAGCAACGAUUUUGACUCACUGAACGAUUCCGAUUCGGCCGUGGUACUGGAGGACGUGGACUCGGACUGCAACAGUUCGAUCUAUUUUGGCGGUGGUGGCGGCAGUUUGAAGUCGCGCUGUGGGGGAAACAAAUUGAACAACGACGUGACAAUCGUGAGAUCAAUCUCGGAUGCAAUUGAAACGACGAAUUUGAAAUAUAAUAACACGAGGCGAUCGAACUGUUUCCUUAGACGCCCGGAGGUCCUAGAGACUGUGUACAGCGUAGAAGAGGAUCCCGAACCACAGGGUGCUGGCGGUGGAGGAUCUGGCGCAAACCAUUCCGAUGCUGUAACCGAAAAACGGGACAAAUUCAAAAAUCGAACUGAGAAAUGUAUUUCAUCGGAUCAGUCGGACGAUUCGAAGGAAAACCAAAGUACAACUACGAAAAUAACCAGUACAACCAUGACCACCGUAAUCAUAACCAAGACUAGCUGCGACGGUGAUUCCGGUGGUUGCGAAACUCCACCGGGGAACGGUUGCAAGGCAGGAGCUGUGACGAACUACAACCGUGUCAUGUCCAACCACCGGUCGGUGACCAAACCGAAAGAUGUCAAAUACAAACGAAUCAACAAGGCCAAAUCGAAAAGUCUGGAAGAGCUGAGAGGCCGUCUGCGGCAUUGGGUCGAACGGGGAAACUGCAAUAUGAACAUGAAUCUAGACGGGACCUUGGCUCAUUUGGAUCCUUGCCAGCUGCAACUGCAGCAGUCGCAGCACAAUCUAGCACAGAGCUAUGCGUGACCUGAGCCAAAGCCCCACGUGCGGGGAAGCAUUUAAUGGUUAUUAUUUAUUACGUAUUGGGAAACAACCCAAUCACAAACCAAAUCCAUUUUUUUUGGUUCCCAGCGAUCGAUGGUACGGUCGCUGAAAUGUCGUUUGAAGUUGAAACGUUAAGAGGCAGUAGCUUCCGCCCAAAAAUUGCAACUAAUUUACAUUAGUGUCGAGUCCUAAAUGUCUGCUUGAAUUGUACAUAAAAGCGUGAUGUUUUAAAGUUAUUUAUUUUCCUGUAUACCUAAUGUGGUAAUCCAUGUAAUUAAUCAAAGGAGAAACAAUCAAUUUUUUCUAUCGAAUAAUUAAAUAUAUCAGAGAUUCUGACUGAGUCAGGUUACCUACAAACAAGAAGAAAAAAAAGAUGAAAAUCGCAUAAUAAUAUACUAACAAUGAAUGCACUGAACAUACAAUCGUUAGAUUUGUAAAUGAAUAAGCCAGCAGUAGCUUUUGUACUAUGCACGAAAUUCAGAAUAUAUUCAUACAAAAUGAUGAAAAUCUAUAGAGUAAUAAACGAAAAUGACUGCUUUUUAGAACGCAGAUCAAGUGAUCUUUCUAUCCAAAGUGUGUUUCAAUGUGAAAGAGAGAGAUAGAGUGAAAAGUUUAACAAUCCUGAUCAGAGUGAAUUGAAACAAAAUCAUUCGGUUUAAGUCAAGCACAGAAUUGCAGCAGUAAAUAAUAAAAAAAUCACUUUAGUCUGUAAAAUUGUAUUCGCAUCAGCAGCCAGCAGUGCAACCCUGUACAUAUAUUCAAUUCGGAAGAGAAAUUGAAGAUAUCAGUCCGCGGUCCUCAUUCAAGCGAGGAAAAUAUUAUGAACUUGAAUUAAUUAUUAGCUUAGGUAAGAGGCAAGAGAGCCGGCAAACGUUCUUUUGCAACUAAAUAGCAACCGGCAGAGGCAGCAAAACAACCAUCCUGUGUAUAACAAGUUUUGAAUGCUUAUUAAAAAUAAAGAAAAACAAACUUUCUGUGCUGUAUACAGAUUCUCACACUGUCACACUAUCGAGUA